UCUUUUUCACCAUCCCAAACUGCAGCAAGCCACGCUGGGAAAACUUUUUCAUGGUGACAUUUCUCUUUUCCACAUUAUGGAUUGCUUUGUUUUCCUACUUUAUGGUGUGGAUGGUAACAGUGAUUGGUUAUACUCUUGGGAUUCCUGAUGUUAUCAUGGGCAUUACUUUCCUAGCUGCAGGGACUAGUGUACCAGACUGCAUGGCCAGUUUAAUAGUAGCAAGACAAGGAUUAGGUGACAUGGCGGUGUCCAAUACAAUUGGAAGCAACGUGUUUGACAUUCUUGUGGGGCUUGGACUUCCAUGGGGUUUACAGACUAUGGCAGUUCAUUAUGGCUCAUACGUUAAGAUAAACAGCAAAGGACUAGUUUAUUCUGUUGUGCUUCUCCUGGGGUCUGUAGCUCUUACCGUUGGCGGGAUCCACAUAAAUAAAUGGAAACUUGACAGGAAAUUGGGCAUCUAUGUGCUCACCCUCUAUGCCAUUUUCUUGUGUUUCUCGAUACUGAUAGAGUUUAAUGUCUUCACUUUUGUCAACUUCCCAAUGUGCCGAGAAGAUGACUGAGAAGUAAAGCCAAGAGGUGUCAUCUGGGUCUAUUUUGCUAUAAGUAACAGGAGACAUAUUUACACUUCAACUCCAAAACUCAAUGUCUCUCCUGCUUCAUCAACUUAGAAGCAAUUUACCUGGGAGGAAAGAACACAUUUCUUUGACAACACAAAGCUCAAGACUACUAAAGCUUUGUCAUCUGUUCUUCCACCUCCUCUUUCUUCAUCAGGUACCCUCAUUCAGCUGUGCUUCCUGCAGCUCUGUAUGAGAUUUUAAAGGAUGGUGCCCCCUUUCAGAUUCCAUUCUGAUUUGAGCAUCAUCAAUAUCAAACUGACAUCACGUCUGCCAUGGAAACACAUUUUCCAUUUGAUGGCAUAUGGGUCUUCAAAGAAGAGGAAAAGAGAGUAGAUAAGAUUCUACCUUGGCUCAUUUUGAGGAUCUCAGCUCUGGACUAUCAUGCUACCAUGCUUAUAUGCAUGAAGAACCUUGGUUUUCCUUCUUUAAAUAUCUAUUUAUACAGAAGUUUCAACCAUGCUGAGGAGAUCAUCUUCAAUAAUAAUUUAUCAUCUUUUAAAAGUGUUUUUGAAAGAUACAAAAAUUUUACUAAGAAAAAGAUGGAAAAUGAUAAUACAAUACUAUGAUCAUGUUAUUCUAAAAAUCUUGGAACUUAAAAUAUGGCAACCUGGAUAAAUAUCUGUGCUUCAAAAAGAUCAAAUUGUUCUACAAUCAAUGAAGAGCAAUGGAUAAUACCUAGAAUAAAUGCAUAUGAAUAUUAAGUUGGCAAGUUAGAAAAUUGGACCAGCACAGUAAGUGCAUAUUCUAAUCUUAGAGGAAAAUGGAAAACCUUGGGUGCUCAAUAAUUGAUUGUGAUGGUAAUGAUCUGGGGGAAAAGUAUAUCAAGAUGCCUUCCAACUUUUCAUAAAUGAACUAUGAAUUUGGAAGUAUCUAUAUCUAUCUAUCUAUCUAUCUAUCUAUCUAUCUAUCUAUCUAUCUAUCUAUCUAUCUAUCUGCUUGCGUGCAUAUGUGCACACACACCAAACAAUAAUUGUACAAUCCCCAGUUUUAUCUUGUUUUAAAAUCUGAAAGGUGGAUUGCAUGAAAACUGGCCAGCAGAAUAUGGAAAAAAUUCUGCUAGCUUUUGGAAAUCCAGUACCUGCAUGUACAUUGGGAGAAUUAUAGAACAUGGUUCAAUGUGCAGAGAUAUUCUUCUGAGGUGUGUGAGUGAGGUGUGAGUCAAUGCAAAUGCUUAAAUUAUUUCAGAAGAUAAAUUUGAUUCAUACACCUAAAUCAAUUCAAAUAGAGCCUCCAAUAGGAAUGGACUCUAUUAGGACCAAUUCAGGCCUUAAAGUGCAUGUGCACGUGUGAGGAAAAUAUCUAAUGAAUGUGAAUUGAUUUAGUUGUAUUUUAUUUAUGUUCCUUCAAUUCACUGAGUUAAGCUGAUGCUUUGAAUCAGUGUGGGUUGAUUCAAAGCACUAUUUGCACAGAUCAUUUCCUUCAUAACUUACUUGAAUCCCCUUUUGAUCAAAAGCUCAGUCUCUCAUCAAGUCUUGACAAUCUUGAGUCAGCUGAUCCUGGGAACUCUUACAUAUUUCACUAUUUGUCCAGUAAAAUGUUUGAGACAAAAUUAAUUAAAUUUGAAAGUUUUCACUUUAAGCAAUCUCCAACUGCAUGGAAAGAAACAAAAAUAAUCAGAAUAUCUACAAGAAUGCAAUAACGGUCAUUGUUAUCUCUGAGUUAACUUAGUUCGCUAGAGUCAUAAUCUGUUUUUUCCCAUAUCGCUAGUGACUCUCACAAAUAAAAUAUAUUUGGCUAUUUAUGAAUAUAAUGGAAAGGAAACCACAGUCUAUAAAAUAUAAAUUUCAGAAGAUUUGGGAUAUUCACGCAGCAGGAAGACAGGAUAAAUCCCAUUUCUCUUUUUAUGCUUCUCUUAUAUAAAACCUGACACAAGGACAUGAGCUUUCCCAAGAUUUACCCACUGCCUCAAUUUGUAAGCUUCAUGAGAAAUACUGAAAGAUUAAAUGGAAAUUGCAGACAUGUCUUAUUGUCAAUUCUAAGUCAACAGUGAAGAUUCCAUCACAUUCAUCACUAGCAUUACCAAUUUUCCAAUGUUAUUAAAAUGCUGAAGAAUGCAGAGAUUGCCAGAAGCACAGGUUACCUUUGUACAUAAUUUAUUUUUUUAAUCUUCUUUGCUAAGUAAAAUAUAUUGAAUGGCUGAAGAAUAUGAAUUUCAAACCACAUUAAAUCUAUUUUUGCAUGCAUAAGCAUUAGGCAAAGUUCCAAAGAGCAGAGCAUUGCACUUCUGUCAGAAAGAAAUACAUUUUUUUCACAAGGAAUUUAAAAAUGGAUAUAAUCACUUACCAUUUAUUGAGGAUGGGACAGAUACUCCAGCAAAUUAACAAUAUCUCUAUUCACAUGAUGCUCCCAGUAUAAAAAUCCCUAAGCUGCUACAGUUUAAUAUUUCUCCCAGAGAUCAAAUUUCAUUUUAUCCCAUGCUGCCUAAUUCACACACUAAACCAUCUUUGAUUAUUUAAAUCACAAACAUUUGGAUUCAUACAACAUGUUAGACUAUAAACUAAGGUCGUAAACUAAGGAUUCCAAUUCCCAGUGGUUAAAUUUACACUAAGCCAAAACCAUACAAAUUCACAUAACAAUAUAUGAUAAUGAAGCCAAUCUCAAUGUGAUCUCAAUAUCAUGAGUUCACAGUAACCAUGGGAAUACUUCUCAAAAAGAAGGAAAUAUAUGAAGGGGGGGAAGCCUUGCCCUUAAAUACCUUCCUCCCCGAUAAAAUGCUGAUAAAUACAGUAAUAGGCAUGUAAGAGAAAGUUACAAAUAGAUUAUAACCAGGAGUGGGUUCCUGCCAGUUCUAACCUCUUCUAUAGAAGAGGUUCCACAAAUCUACAGUGCUGUUUA